AUGCGAAGGAAAGGGGUUAAGUAUCCGCACGGUUGGACGCUGGUCGACGAAAAUAUCGAAAAUGUGGAACGCGUGAGACUCGAUCCCAAGACGCAACGGGAACUGGGUUGUUUGGUCGGCGAGCACGUGUUUCUGGAAUAUCCGUGGGCGUACGUGCACCGAGACGUUGUCACGAAACUCGCUAGAUCGCCGGAUUCCUCUUUGUCCGUGUUUCGGCAAGACAUCGAAAUUUACGAGGCUGACACGUUCCUCGUAGGCUACUCGUCCAUACAGCUGAACUCUGACGAAUUUGUGAUCUGCCUGACCGUAGAAGCGAGGAACCUUGUCCGACAGCGGAAUAAAAAUAUCACUCGUUUCAUUUGGAGCAAAAUUAUCAACAGAGUAAUAAAAACUGCUGGAUCGUGGAAGCCUUUGGGAAGUGAUUCGGAAGUAGACGAAAGCUUCGUGAGGAAUUCGAGGGAAUUUUUCGAGAUAGAGAUCGUUCUACCUGGGAAGCAUCUGAAUUCUUCUCGAACGCUGCGCGAUAGAAACGCGAACGAUUCUAGAGACAGUUACGCUCAGCUCGUUAACGAUGGCGAGAGAUUCGAGAACAUCGACAGAAAAUGCAUUUGCAGAGCGGUUCAGACGUGUCUGCAAUCACGAGAGAUAUUCGUUCAAACGUGCCCCGAAUAUCCGAAAAAUGCAUGGACUCAGUAUACGCACGAAGAUAUUUUGAGCGAGUUCAUGGUCGAAAAUACUGAGGAGGAGGAAGAUCAGUCGGAGAAGGAAGAGAACUCGGAAAAGAACGACGAGAACAAGUCGCAAGAGAAAGACGCUGCUCAGAGCGAGGAAAACGAUGAACCCGGGGAGAAAACAGCUUUGGAAUUAUUUUUAGAAGCUCGUUCGCAGGAGAUGAUUCGUGCAAUUAAAUGUAACGCAGCUAUUAAUUUGUAUAUUGAUGACAUUGAUAGUUUAUCCACGGAGAAAGAAGAUAUUUCGGCAAUAUCUAAAACAUCUGUGUUCCACGAACAGGUGUCGUUCGAUGCCGAUUUAAAUACCAUCACAGCCAACAGAUUCAUUUCUGGCGCUUCUUUGCAUCCCAAAUUGACAGAGUACGUAGCAAUUUUGUACACGAGUAACCCAGAAUUUUUGAAUAGCAAUCAGGAUAAAGAUAAAUGUACGAAGAAGAGUGAGUUUCAAACGAGAGUGCUUCUUUGGAAAUUAGACGAUCCACUUGGUCUUCCAAAGCUUGCGCUUCAGGACCACAGGGAAAUUUAUUCUAUUUCUUUCUGCCCUCACGACGAUAACCUGUUAAUAGGAGGUUGUUCAACCGGUCAGUUGGUUAUUUGGAAUAUCGAGGAUUUCCUGAACAAUCGUGGCAAUAGAAUCGUGAAACUCGGGACGUCGACGCGAGACAAUCUACCAGUGUUUCGUCCGAUCCUUGUUUCCGACAAGCAUCGCUCUCAUCGGCUACCUGUUCGAAAGAUUCAGUGGAUACCAGCCAAACACGAGACAGAGCCAAAUGGAAACUUGACAAAAUCAUCAGUCUCGUCCGGCCUGAAGCUUCUGACUGCCUCUGAAGACUGUACGGUGGCUGUUUGGAAUAUUUCUGUCCUCUCGAGACCAUUUGCUCGAGGUGCCGAAGAUUCUGACGAACCUUUUCAACCAGAUUCUCGCGUGAAGAUCCAAUCCUCCAACGAGAACUCACAAUUCACUCCUCUCUGUUUCUGCUUUCCGUCCGUCAUUGUUCAACGCGAUGCGAGUUCAGCAGACGCGAAUAAGUAUGACGCAACGGAGAAAGAUCGUGCAACGAAAUAUCUGUGGAUAGGCUGCGCAGAAGGGCUAAUAACGUGUACGUGGAAAAACACAUUGCAGGAAGAUUCAGACAUCGUGAGAUGCUCUUACGCGCACAACGCUCCCGUGACAGAGAUCACGCGAUCGUUUUAUCUUCAGAACGUAUUGCUGACAGUCGGUGGACAAGUGUUUGCUAUUUGGAGCGACGAUCACGUUGACUCUCCCCUGUUUUGGAGAAGAACAUUUUCCUGGUAUACAAGCUGUUGUUGGGCUAACGAACCUGGUGUAUUCUUGGUCGGUAGCCAAGACGGGAAUCUCGAGAUAUGGAAUAUAAAGAACGAAUCUAAUCAGCCGACAUUCACCCAAGUCGUGUCGUUGCAAUCGAUUAGUUAUCUGACUUUGUUAGACUCGCCUGUAUUAAGCGACGCAGGUUUCAAAAUGAUAGGCGUAGGCGAUGGUAGGGGGUUGUUCCGUGCGUUUGCAGAACCAGACGUUUCACGUGACGAGAGUAUGGUCGGGAGGAUGGAUUGGUUCGAGGAAUACGUUUGGAGAGAAACGCGGAGAAAGAAGCUUUUCGCCAACUGGCAGAGUGAUUUUCUAGCUAAUGAUCCGGUUGUGGUGGCGAAGAGGUUGGCUAGGAAACAGGAACAGGCUAAAAGAGAAGCUGAAGAUGCGAGGGAAAAAUUUAGGAGAGAACAAGAGGAGCGUUUGAGGUUGCAAGCGGAGAAGAGGGCGAGAAGCGCACCGAUUCCGAAACACGUUGCUUGGAAGUCGAAGGAAUUCGACAGGAUGAAGCAGGUUCUUUUAAGUAAAAAGAAUCUGGUUCCAUCGGAGCUUGAAGAGAAACGGAUUCCUCUCGUUGCUCUGCAAGCUGAAAGAGAGGCGAGGCUGCGCAAAGUUCGAGAUAAAAUCGAUCAUAGAGACGAUUAUUUCUUAAACGCAUUAUCUGCGAAAUUUCCGAAACUUCUCGAACCGAGAGUGGAAGAUUUGGAAUUUAAGGAAUCUAUUUCGGCAGAACGUGGAAAAUCGGUGGAAUAUUAUGUUCGGAAAUUUGACGAGAUACGACGUAAAGCUAAUGAAAUGUUAGCAAAUAAUUUAGCUUCUUAA